UUUCUAUCAUUUACAUUCGACCAAUCUAACCUAUCAGACACUUUACUGUAUGCGUAUGCACAUACCGCGUCUCUAUUUUCACCCGCCAGUCUAGUUUUCUUUGUAAUUUUCCAUUUAUUCUCGAAUACACGUCCUAAUUGUUUACAAUUUAUUAGUGUUUCUAACAAAUAUGUAUCUAAAGAAGAAAACUUUUCAUAAGAAUUACUUCUUCGAUGAAGUAUUUGGUGAUAUUAUUAGUUCUACAAUUCUCUUAGAUUUUCAAAAAAAAAAAAAAAAAACAUGGAGGCCUUCGACCCAACCUAGCAGACACUGACGUUAUUGUGUAUGCACAUUAUAUAGCGUCGUUCAGUUUACGUAGGAUUUGUUGCAGGGCUAUCUUUGUUCAGAGCUAAAUAUUGAAUACGUCUGAAUAAUUUAUAAUUAAUUCGUUAAAAAUGAAUUUAUCGCAGAAAACUUUCAAAGAAAGACGCCCCUUUGCAAUGAGGGUAGCCGAUGUGGAAGCUAUUAAAAAGAGAUAUCCAAAUAAAAUUCCUUUAGUGGUAGAAAGAUUACCAGGAGAAAAGCACUUACCAACUUUACAUAACGCUAAAUUUUUGAUACCCGAUUUCUUAUCAGUGGCAGAAUUAAUCAAAAUUUUAAGACUUAAACUACAGCUAAAUCCAUCACAAGCAUUUUAUCUAUUAACGAAUAGUAAUAAAAGUUUGGUAAGCGGUGGCAUGACCAUGUUGCAACUGUAUCAAAGGGAACAGGAUGAGGAUGGAUACCUGUACGUCUUAUUCGCCAGUCAAGAAGUAUUUGGUCAUAACUAACGCAAUAAUUUAAUUGCAAGUAAAUAUAAUGUUUUAGAUAACAAAACAAAACAAAACAAAAGAAAAAAAUAUAAAAAUUAAGUUAGACGCGAUUUAAUCUAUACGCAUAUAUCGGAUAUUUUCACAAAAUAUUAGAUUUUAAUCAUAGAUCUGCUACUACAUGUUUGCCUUUAAACCGAACGCGCAGAACCCUGUGAUCAACUCGCAGUACCUGUCAAAAUAUUAACCAGAACAAUCGUAUUUGAAAUUUGCAUCUGAAAUCAUCAUGGUGCUUGGAAUUUUUGUCAACUAAGUCCAUAGUAUUCAAAAGAAUUAGAAUGAAUUUAGUUUAUUACUGAUCGUCUGGGUAGAUGCUAGUACUCUCUAUGGAAACACGCUUAACAGUGAUAAUAUAUAAUUAAAACAAUACUUUACGAUAUAUAUAUAUAUAUAUAUUAAGGAAUGCGAAUCUUAUGCGAUACGAUAAUUCUUUAGAUUCUGUAUCGUUUAAUUAAAAUCCACUAACUUAUAAUUAGCAUUCGAUAUAAUGCAAAUUUAGUAACACUACAUGAAUUAUUUAUGCAAUAUAUAAACAGUGUGUGAUACGUACUUUCAACGUUAUAUAUACAUACAUACAUGCAUACGUAUCUUAUAUGCAAUGAACUCUUGUAAUAGAUAAUUGUUAUGAUUUUAAAUGUGAUGGAAAUGUCAGUCAAUUUAUAUCGAAGUUAGAUAACUUUAAGUUUACCAUUACUCCUAGAACAAGUAUAGAUAUAUGCUGUGAAAUAAUUUCUGUGGUAUAUUCGUCAUAUCUCGUUUUUACCGUAAUAUACUUAUUCAGAAAUUCUGCAAUAUUCGUGGAAGUGUUCAUGUACAUAAUCUAAUAUAUCUAUACAUACAUACUUACAAUGUGAUCUAUAUCGGAUAUUAGUCCAAGAGCCUCUGUAUUCUUAUUUCGAGUUCGACUUUGAAAGCACUUUCCAUAUUUACAUCCGUCGAUCGAAAUGGUGCUUUUAACGCGCAGAGCAAUGUUCGAAUAGUGGCCUUAGAAUCUAAAUUAAGACUGGGCAUUUAAAAUAUGAAUUUCUCUUUAUGUCUUUAAUAAUAAUUAUUUUAAAUAUAUACAGUUAAUCGCGCCGAUUGGAACAUAAGGUCUUGGACAAUCUUCCAAACUGUAAUUUACCAUUCUUAUGAUUACUGUAAAUCGACUAAAAAGAUAAGAGUACCUGUUAAAAAGAAAGAAAGAGAAAAAAGAAUUGUAAAAAUAACUUCGAUUAUUUAUAUAAAUAUAUAUAUUGAAUGAUCUCUUGCAAUUCUGCAACAAAGCGAUUGACGGAAUAUAAAGACAAUGUCAUUUGUCAUGUCGUUGGCAAUAUCUUCGUCUUAUAUAAUGGAACCAAUUUAGCACUACGAUUGUUAACAAAAAUUACGUUAUACAUAAGGAGUACUCACUUUUUUAAAACGAAAAUAAUUCACAUUAUACGAAAAUUCAUUUUAGAAUAUUAAACGUUUCGAAUUUUUUAUACGAAAAGAAGAAGAAGAAGAAGAAGAAGAAAAAAAAGUAAUAGUAUUAACUUAAAACGCACGAUCGAAAAUAUCACGUACAAAGUUCUAACUCAAUACAUCUACGAUUAGGUAUAGCAAUAAAAUAAAUAGUGUUAGACUUAAUUAUUCAAAUUUUCCUUUGGUUCAUAUCAUUUCUAUUACAUGCAUUAAGAAUGUACUCUACGCGUAUGUAAUAAAUCCAUAUGCAAUAAA